AUGGUCUCCUUAUCACUAAAUACUCACCACCAACUCUUCACAACCACCUAUCCGCAACCUCCCACUCAACACCCGUACAUUACCACCGUCUCUUCACCACAAAUACAUCCUCACCCCCACCUCUCCACCAUAAACUCUUUACCACCUAACCACAACUACCCCACAACCGACUCCAAGUCAUGGCUACAUCCUCAUCACCAUAACUUAUUCACCACCACCUAUCCCCCCCAUAUAUAUCCCCCACCACCUAUCCCCCACCACCUAUCCUCCACCACCUAUCCCCCACCACCUAUCCCCCACCACCUAUCCCCCACCACCUAUCGCCCACCACCCAUCCCCCACCACCUAUCCCCGACCACCUAUCCCCCACCACCUCUUCACCACCACCUCUUCACCACCACCUCUUCACCACCACCUCUUCACCACCACCUCUUCACCACCACCUCUUCACCACCACCUCUUCACCACCAACUCUUCACCACCACCUCUUCACCACCACCUCUUCACCACCACCUCUUCACCACUACCUCUUCACCAACACCUCUUCACCACCACCUCUUCACCUCCACCUAUCCCCCAUUACCAGCUAAACACCCGCACCUUACACACCACUACCACAACUUCCCCACCAUAAACUCUUCACCACCGAACCACAAUUACAUCACAACCGAAUCCACAUCAUAG